AAUUUUACACCACCUCUUUUAUGACUUUGCACACUAGUUGUAUGUUUAUUCUGCUGUUUAUCAAAUCUGUUCAACUUAGAAUUUCACUAAUUUAUAUAUAUUUUUCUUUUUAAAAUAAUGCAUCGUUGGAGCAAUAUGAUGGAGCCGAAUGAUAUUUUUAAUGUGACGCCACCAUCAACUUCCACUCCUAAGGGCUUAAAAAGGAAAAAAGUGCAACUAUCGCAUAAUUUUUACGCUAGCUCUUCAAGUCAAGUACUCACUCCGCACAGCCAAAACAUGUUUUGCUCUGAAGAAACUGCAACUGCUUCCGAGGGCUUAGAUGCAAACAAAGAUAUAAUGGCCAAGUUAGAUUUAAUUUUGGAAAAGCAAUUGAACUUGGAAAGUCGCCUGGACAAAUUGGAAGAAAACAUAAUUAAUAAAACUGAUGUCAUGGCCCACCACAAAAUCGUGCGAGAGACGAAAGUCCUACUAAAAAAGGUGCAGCAGACAGUGUGCCGCAUCUCGGGAGAAAGUUGCGAAGACUUUCACACCGAACUGGCAGUUCUUAUGCCAAUGCAGACCUUGAAUGCGGUCUUUGAUUUGGAGGAGAAGAUAUUAGAAAAAAAUUAUGAAGAUGCAGUUAUGUCUUUGCAGAUAACAUAUCUUUUCACUUUAAAGGGCACUUCUGGGGAUAUUGGCGAAGUUAUGAAGCGAGUUUUUGGCGACGAAGUCCUCAGUUUGUUCAAUUGGGAUGGGAGGUGCGGGAAGAAAUCGCUUUCAAAAUUAAAAAUAGUUAGCGUGGCUCUAUUUGGUAAUUCAUACUAUUGUUAACUUUAUUUACCAAGUUUUCUGUUAUUAUGUUUUAUUUGUUUCAGAAAUUUUCAAACUGCAUGAACGCAUCGACUUCGAAAGGGAAGUCCGAAAGAGCGUUGAGCAAAGCCACA